AUGGAUCCAAACACUUGGACUGAAAAGACCCAAGAAAUCGUCAAAGGAGCUCAGACCUUGGCCCGUGAAUAUGGUCACGCCCAAAUUACACCUCUACAUCUGGCUGCAUCCCUCUUCAACGACGAAGACGGCCUGGUCAAGAAUGUAGUCUCAAAAGCCGGUGGUGAUCCACAAACCUGUGAACGCUCCGUAAAGAAACAACUUGUCAAACUACCUGCUCAAAACCCACCUCCGGACGAAGUAUCGCUAUCUCCUCAAUUGGCCAAACUCAUUCGAACAGCAGACGAUCUACGUAAAAAGCAAAAGGACUCGCACUUGUCUCUCGAUACUGUUAUCGUCGCACUUGGUGACAUUACGGAAUGGCAGACUGCACUCAAGGAGGCCAACGUGAAUAAGGCUGCUGUCGAGGCUGCUGUCUCUCAAAUACGUGGAUCUCGACGAGUUGAUUCAAAGAAUGCUGAAUCCAACUAUGAUGCCUUGUCAAAAUAUGCUAUUGAUCUCGUCAGUAUGGCUGAACAGGGCAAGCUCGACCCUGUUAUUGGUAGAGAUGAUGAGAUAAGACGCGUCAUUCGUGUCCUUGCUAGGAGAACCAAGAACAACCCAGUACUCAUUGGAGAGCCGGGUGUUGGAAAGACUGCAAUAGCAGAAGGAUUAGCUAUACGUAUUGUCCGUGGUGACGUGCCUCAAUCACUACAAUGUCGCCUAUACAGUUUGGACAUGGGCUUACUGAUUGCCGGUGCUUCAUAUAGAGGUCAAUUUGAAGAGCGUCUCAAGUCUGUUUUGAAAGAGGUCAAGGAAGCUGACGGCAAGAUCAUCCUUUUCGUUGAUGAAAUACAUACUGUUUUGGGAGCUGGAAAAUCAGAAGGCUCGAUGGAUGCCGCUCAACUACUCAAACCGAUGCUCGCUCGUGGAGAAUUACGAAUGAUUGGAGCAACCACUCUUGGCGAAUAUCAAAAGCAUGUGGAGAAGGACCCAGCUUUUGAACGUCGAUUCCAGCCGGUAUACGUCAACGAACCCUCUGUUGAAUCAACCAUCAGUAUUCUUCGAGGCUUGAAAGAACGCUACGAAAACCACCACGGUGUGAAACUUACCGAUGCUGCACUGGUAGCCGCAGCCCAACUGUCUGCCCGUUACAUAACAGGUCGCUUCCUUCCCGAUAAAGCCAUCGAUCUCGUUGACGAAGCGUGUGCUUCAAUCCGAGUGCAACUUGAAUCUCAACCGGAAAUCAUUGACGAACUCGAACGUAAAAAGCUCCAACUUCAAGUAGAAGCUGCUGCUCUAGCCAAGGAAAAGGAUGCUGGAUCUCAACAACGUCUCGUCAAAGCCAACGAUGAAAUCUCGCAACUGGAAGAAAAAUUGAAACCACUUAGAGCUCGAUAUGAUUCUGAACGAGGCCGUCUUGAUGAGAUUAGGAUUCUCAACAAAAAGUUAGAGGAUUUGAAUCAUAAGGUUUCUCAGGCCGAACGGUCUUUGGAUGUAUCGCUUGCUAGUGAUUUGAAGUAUUAUGCCAUACCUGAUGUGAAGAAACGAAUCGCUGAGCUUGAGGCUUCGAAUGCUCAAAGAAAAGAUACAGAUGCUGAUGCUAUGUUGACUGAGGUUGUUGGUCCUGAACAAAUAAGUGAAAUCAUCUCUCGCUGGACGGGUAUUCCCAUCAGUAAACUCAACCAAUCCCAAGUGGACAAAUUGUUGAAGCUAGCAGACGCUCUUCAUAAAAGAGUAGUGGGUCAACACGAAGCUGUCGAAUGUGUCGCUGAAGCUGUCUUGCGAAGUCGUGCUGGCCUAGCAAACAAGAAUCAGCCAAUUGGAUCGUUUUUGUUCUUGGGUCCUACUGGUACGGGCAAAACUGAACUCUCAAAGGCUCUCGCCCAAGAACUAUUUGAUGAUGAGAAGCACAUGAUUCGUAUCGACAUGUCAGAAUACAUGGAACAGCAUUCAGUUGCACGAUUGAUUGGAGCUCCUCCAGGUUAUGUCGGCCAUGAUGAAGGUGGACAGCUGACCGAAACAAUUCGACGAAGGCCAUACGCUGUCGUAUUGUUUGAUGAAGUUGAAAAGGCUCAUCCACUCGUUAUGAAUGUUUUACUGCAAGUCUUGGAUGAUGGACGUCUUACCGAUGGAAAAGGUCGAACUGUUGAUUUUACCAACACUGUCAUCAUCAUGACUUCAAACGUUGGAGCUCAAUACUUGCAAUUGGCCACUGAAAAGGACUUUCCCCGUGCCAAAGAACAAGUAAUGACCGAAGUGCGAGCAACAUUCAAGCCAGAAUUGUUGAAUCGUAUUACAGACAUUGUUGUCUUCAAACCACUCAGGAUGGAAGAAUUGCACCAGAUUGUUCGUGUACAAGCAAACGCUGUUGCCUCUCGUUUAUCAGAGCAUGGAAUCACUCUUCGUCUCUCUGACUCUGCGGUUGAUUAUAUCUUGUCUCAAUCCUACAAUCCUUUAUACGGUGCUCGACCCAUGAAGAAAUGGCUAGAAAGAAAAGUGGUCACUCAACUCAGCAAACUUAUGCUGUCUGGUCAGCUGUUGGAGGGUUCUUCUGCAUGGAUUGAAACGAAAUCUGAACUAGGCCAGUCUGGUGAAAACGACUUGACAUAUCGAAUUGAGAAAGAUGAUAGCACUGCUGCUAUGGAAGUUGAUGCAAAAAUGUAG